UCUUUAUUUUGGCACGUUAACUGGUUACUGUGCCAGUACGGUCAAGUAAAGAAAAAAGCUACAAAUAAACGCAACUCAUCAGUGACAAACAUUCAGUCUUAAACACAUAAUUACUAGUUGUAAUAAAAGCUGCACAAGUAGCGUAUCAACGUCUUUAGAGCCUCGUUGCAAACCAGCUUUAAAUAAUGACUGGUGGCUGCAUGAAAUAGAGCUUUAAAAAUACGAUAAAUAAGUGGUAGCUGAAAAAAAGAAACGAGUAGUAAAAAGCUGCUAAGGGAUUCCUGUGCUGCAAAGACAUGUAAAUGGGCCAGUUGCAAGAAAAACAUCUCUGGUCACAGAGUAAAAAAAAUAAAGAUGGUACAUGACAGUCGAAAACUUUACAUUAGACAAUGCAAACAAUACUCGAAGGUUAUCAUUUUCGCUGCCACCUCGAAAGUGAAAGCAAACCUACCAUUAUUCAUUUUCGCUUCUGCAUUUCUUCGACAAUUGUUCUCAUUGGAUUAAUUCUGGUUCCUUAGGCUGUUCACUGGCGCGAUAAUGUCGUGUUAUCCGCGAGCCUGUGUGCUUCAUCCUUUCAUUCUUUUUUCCUUUUUAUCUCUCCCCUGCGAGUCCAAGUACAACUUCUGCCUCCCUCCAAUCUUCCCGGCGGUCACCCACUGUUGACGCUUAUAGCUCCUGCUGGAAUAACCACUUUGUGCCACAUGAGCGAAGUGGACGCACAUUGCUCACUGCUAUGCCGCCACAAAAUCUGUGGGCUGUGAAGACGGCGCUCAGUGGGGGGUUCUCUUUCAAUAUUUUCAGUGUGCAUGGCAUUUUAUGUAAAACCCUUUAACAAAUUUCACGUAUACAAAUGAAGAUCGUGCUUUACGUAACGCCACUUAAUCGUUUUAUUUUGUUCGUACUUUUGCACAUAUAUCAUUUUUGUUUAUAUUUUGCGAAAAACAAAACGCCUCCUGAGCGUUAACUUAUGUCAUGCAGCAGAGCAUGUGCGUUUUGCGACGUCUAAAUUAAGAAUUACUAUUCAAGGCACAUCCGCCUUAUGAUGAACUGGGGCUAUUUCAAUUAGAACUGACCAACUAACUAAAUAAAAAUAGGCAGCUGUGGCACGUGUCACUUACCGCGGCAGAAGAAGAAAAAGAAGUGUAAUGGCGAAGGCAGCGAGUAAUAGCCGUCAAACAACAGCUACCCUAACGACAGCAACCCCACAGGAGACGCAGCCGACGACGCAACGCACGGAAACUGCAGCGUUCCAGAAGCAAUCGGAGGUGGAGCAUAGUCUCUCGACGACCACGCGCCUCCACAGCGAGCUCAGGAUUCGCGGCAUCAUCGUGGGCGUCAACCUGGUCGUGGUGCUGCUGUCGCUGGUCGCGCUGUGGUGCGCCACGUACUCGUACUUGGUGCGGCCCUCUUCGGAGCGAGACGACCUGCUCAACAGCCUGAUGCGCAAGUCCUUCCUCUUCACCUUCUUCAUGCACCUCGACGUGUUCGUGGUCGUCGUCAGCGUGUCGCUGUCUGCAGUCGCCAUUUGCGGCCUAGUCGGCGCGCUUCGCGAGAACAUCGCCGUGCUCGAGGCCUACCAGAGCCUGCUGGCCGUCAUAAUCCUGGUCAACAGCAUCACGGCCAUCGCGGCCGCGCUGGGACCGCAGUCGGCGCGCGACCACCUCAAGGAUAGCGCGUACGUCGAGUUCGUCCAGGGCUACAGGCAGUCCGAGCACUUCCAGCACCUGAUCGACACGCUCCAGAGGUCCAUGCACUGCUGCGGCUUCUCUCGAGACAGUUUCCGCGACUGGGACCGCAGCGAGUACUUCCACUGCGCCAUGGGCAAUCCGAGCCGCGAGCGUUGCUCGGUUCCCUUCUCUUGCUGCCGGCGUCGCGUGCUGGACGUGAACGACUCGUCCAACCUGCCGGUGCUGGCGAGGCGUUUCUGCGGCCACGGCGUGCUGCUCAUGGACGACCAAGAGGCCUGGCAGCGCGUCUACACGCGCAGCUGCGCCGACGCCGCGCUGACGUACGUCAUGGACAACCUCGUGACGUUCGUCGGCGCCGGCAUGGCGUUCAACAUGUUCCUGCUGUUCAUGCUCAUCACGUCCGUGGUGCUGCAGGACCAGAUCCAGACGAUCUCGGCCAUCUCCGAGGCGUACUACGACACGCUGAACGAAGGCCAGGAGGCCAUGCAGGAAGCCGGCCUCAUCAAGUUCCCCAAAAAGCCGCGGAACAAGCCAACCGACAAGAGCCCCGACAAGGCAAACGACAAGGUGGCCGAAUAGCAAAGAAGGACGAUGGAACGCUGCUGUGCUGGGCCGGCCUCACAUGAUGAACAAUUACACAAGACGCAUGCUGUUGUUUUCCUUUUUUUAUUCGUGGCUUAUCAGCCCUGGCCUGCAGUUUUUUGCUGGAUUUAGAAGUUAUACGGAUUCUUUCAUUUAGAAAAUGACACUGUUGUUCAGAACUGUAUGAUUAACUGCGUAAUUUCCUGUGAAUAACUAUGUUAUUUUUUACUGUGUUCACUUAUGCUGUUUUGAAAUGGGUAGUGUGUCACUCUUUGUCCUAUUCUAGUGACACCCAUGAACGCUUAUUUCGAAUCGCAAUGCAUUGCCGUUGUUCAUCCUGGGAAAGAGGCUGGUCAUUAAAGCUGGAUAUGUUUGCUUGGCGGCACGCCUAGCAUGCUAAUCCUGGUGAACGCGA